UGAAGCGGAGCUGAGUGAGUCACACGCCCGUCCCAGCAGCCGCCGAGCGGCAGCCUCCGCCGGGGCCUCUCUCGCCGCCGGGGCAGCCCCUUCCCCGGUUGCCUCCGCUUGGCCGCCCCGAGCGCCCCGCAGGAGAGCCUGAGCCCCCGUCGGUGCCUCCGCGCCGCGGCUGAGCGGCCAAAGGGACCACAAUGAGCUGGCUGCCCAGGCGCGUUUUGCUGUGGGCGCUGCUCAACAGCACCGCUCCCCCGCUGGCUCGGGUUACAGCUGAAGGUCAUGCAACUAAGAUGCUUCAUGGCGCAGUCCCACUGCGGGCACUUUGCAAGUUUUGUGAUGUUAGAACAACAAGCUGCACAAAUGAAGGUCAUUGCAUCAGUGAUUGCAACAUCACUUCGAUAUGUGAGGAUGUAAAUGAAGUAUGUGCAGCAGUAUGGAGAAAGAACGAUGAAAACAUAACCUUGGAAACAAUAUGUCAUGAUCCUAAUCAAGUCCUCUAUGGGCACAAACUGGAUGACUUCAAUUCAAAGAAAUGUGUGAUGAAAGAAAUGAAGGGAGACGGUGGAUUGCUGUUCAUGUGUUCCUGCCGUGAAGAAGAAUGUAAUGAUGUACUUAUUUUUUCAGAAAAUACCCCCUCAAGUGUAGAAGAAGUAAAAGAUGUGAUUUCUAAAGUUGCAAUAAUAAGCCUUGUCCCAUUACUUGUGGUCACCGUUGCUGUGAUUCUCAUCUUUUACUGCUACCGUAUUCAGAGGAGGAGGAAGCUCAACAAGGCAUGGGAGAAGAAUGUGAAAUCCAAAAAACAUAAAGACUGUAGCGAUGUUUGUGCUAUCAUGUUAGAUGACGACCGUUCUGACAUCAGUUCUACUUGCGCCAACAACAUUAACCACAAUACCGAACUGUUACCCAUUGAGUUAGACACGCUUGUGGGCAAAGGGAGGUUUGCUGAAGUCUAUAAAGCGAAACUGAAGCAAAAUACAUCAGAACAGUUUGAAACCGUGGCUGUCAAGAUCUUCCCUUAUGAAGAAUAUGCUUCUUGGAAGACUGAGAAAGACAUCUUUUCAGAUAUAAACCUGAAGCAUGAGAACAUCCUUCAGUUCUUGACCGCAGAGGAGCGCAAGACAGACCUAGGCAAACAGUACUGGUUGAUCACUGCUUUCCACUCGAGGGGAAACUUGCAGGAAUACCUCAUAAAACACAUCAUUAGCUGGGAGGACCUCUGGAAACUGGGUGGCUCUUUGGCUCGUGGGAUUGCCCACCUGCACAGUGACCAUACACCUUGUGGCCGACCCAAGACGCCUAUUGUCCACAGAGAUCUAAAGAGUUCCAAUAUCUUGGUGAAAAAUGAUUUAACUUGCUGCCUCUGUGACUUCGGGCUGUCUCUGAGGCUGGAUCCAACUCUCUCUGUAGAUGAUCUGGCGAACAGUGGGCAGGUUGGCACAGCAAGGUACAUGGCUCCUGAAGUUCUGGAAUCCAGAAUGAACUUGGAUAAUGUUGAAUCUUUCAAGCAGACUGACGUCUAUUCCAUGGCUUUAGUUCUCUGGGAAAUGACUUCUCGUUGCAAUAGUGUUGGAGAGGUGAAAGACUAUGAGCCACCAUUUGGAUCUAAAGUGAGAGAACAUCCUUGUGUUGAAAGCAUGAAGGACAAUGUUUUGAGGGACAGAGGGCGGCCGGAGAUACCUAGCUCAUGGCUCAACCAUCAGGGCAUCCAGAAGGUCUGUGAGACUCUUGUAGAAUGCUGGGACCAUGAUCCUGAGGCCCGUCUCACUGCACAGUGUGUAGCAGAGCGGUUCAAUGAUCUCGAAUACCAGGACAGGCUUUCGGGAAGAAGCAGCUCAGAAGAGAAAAUCCCCGAGGACAGUUCUGUGAACAGUGCCAAGUAACAACAGACACAAACUUGCACAAAAGAGAGGAACUGGUCUUGGCUUUGUGCGUAAGUUCACAACAGGAGGAGUCCCUGAUCCUUUGUCUUGGCUGUGCUUCCUGUGACAGCGAGAAAUCCCGUCUCUUCCUUUGCUGCCACUCCCAAGAAAAGUUCUUAUAUUAUGGGAAGCCGUGAUGGGACGUGCUAUGCCAUAGCAGUGGGUGCCUUGACCUUGUCAUAGGAGAAGCUAUAUUGGCACUUCCUCACUAAAACAAGAUUGUACAAAAUGCCAAUAAUAUUUGCACUUUACCAAUACCUGUAUAUAAAUAUGGAAAGCAAUUUAUACACACAAAGUCAGCAAAGCUCUGCAAGGAGCCUUCCAUGAAGCUAACAAUAGGUAAGAGAAAUCCCACAAAGGGAUAUCUGCUAAGACGCUGGCAGCAACAGUGCCUUACGUUGCCUCACCCAACCCAUAAGAACAGUGGGAAGGUGCUGCUAAACAAUGAAUACUGUACAUGGCUGCACUCCUUUUGUGUAGCUGAGAGGCAAGUGAUAGGGGUGGUUUUGGCUGUGCUAGAGCCCUUCUUACCACAUUUGUUCAAACUAUGCAAUGAUGUUUCAGCUGGUUCUUGAACGUCCAGAUUGUGCACAUUCAGAUGACCGUUGUUGGUCUACUUUUCUUCAAAAUCUCAUGGAAUUUAGCGUUUGGGGGGAUGUACUUUUUGUGCCUGCAGAGAGGAUUCUUAAUUCCUUCUGUCUGUCUUUGAGCCUGCACUUCAUGCCAGCCAUGCCUCCCGAGGGGGGAGGAGGGAGGCUUCCCUGCUCUAUGAAAUCAGGCAGGGCCAAUUAGAAGUGAAACAGAUGUUUUGCAUUUGUUGUGCUUGCUGACACCAAGUGGGACUUCUCCUUCCCUCCCUCUUUUCUGGGGUCAGUAACAUCAUGUCUAGUUUCUUGAGCCUGUUAUGUUCACACUCGCCUUCAUGCCCAGUGCAUUAGAAAGGGGACAGCACAGGACGCCAUGGAAAAGAUUUGCUACACAUUACAGGCAUGUUUCAUUCUCCUCUAACUUGAAUCCUGGUCUCCUCAGCCUGCAGUCAUUCAGAACUGCUGGCAAUAUGAGUACAUUCCUUAACUUGAUCCCCACAGGGCAUGGCUUACAUUCUUUUAGUCUUCCAAAAUAUUUAGAUUUGGAGCUGGCCUCUCAAGGAAUUUUAACUGGUGGAAUUUUGACAGUCAGUGCUCCCCUGCUAGAUCAUCAGGGACUCUGGAGCUCACAUCAUCUUUGAGGAGUAGAGAAUUUGUCGUGGAGUGCCUUCUGUGCUUCUCCCCCCCUCCCCCUUUUCAAAACAAGGAAUUUGUUACUGACACGUAACUCAACUGCUCAGCCCCAGAAACAAUCCUGCAAAGUUAAAAGAUUUAUAUCCAAGUGCAAUCCUAAAUCUUUUUAUCAAACAGGACACUGAUUUUUUCCCCCUAGGAACUGUUGCUUUGUAUAGCCAUUAAGGAAAAAUGUAUAUUCACAUAGGAGUUAAAAUUUAUGAUGAAAAAUAUUUAUUUUUUAAAAAAAAGCUUUUUGCUUUUGCUUUUAUAUUAAAAAGAAAUAUUUAAGCAUUAAGAGAGCAGGAGAUCAACAGUCGAAAUGAAAUUCCAACCAUGCUGUCUUUUUAAUAGCAACAGACUGAUAAAACUGUGGAGCUUACUGGCAAAGUGGGAUUAUAUUGAGAUAACGUUGCUAAACAGAGCUAGGAUCUUCUGACCUCUAGUGGUGGUUUCUCAAGGUAGCACCUUGGAAAAUAACUGCAUAGGAAAAAGAAACUACAACCAACUGGAAAGUGGGGAGUAUGUAUACUUACAGUAAAAUCCUAAACCGAGUUACUCCAGUCUAAGCCCAUUGAUUUUGAUGAACUUAGACUGGAGUAAACUCUUCUUACUAUUUCACUGUUAAAAUCUGGACCAAUAAUUUCAAAACUUGUUUUAAGUGUCAUGUCUUCCCUAGAGAACUUUGGCAAUCAUAGUUCUAUGAGACUUUUUAAAAAACUAAAAUUUCUUUUCAUAGAACUGUAAUUCUCAAAGUUCCUUAGUUAGACAGCUGUGAAAGUCUGGCAAGUUUGAAACUGGUUUAAAUUUGUGGUAUACCCUGGACCUUCACUCGGGGGAUUGUUUGUGCUUGAUAUUUUUCAUGAAGUGGCAAAGGGCAAGAGAAUCCAAUAGCUUCUGACAAUUCCAACUUUUUGUACUAUUAUAUGUAAAGGGAAAAUGUUAAUUCCUCCACAGAACACUUCCACUGUACCCCAUGUAUGAAAAUAGGAAUGUGGACAUAUAAUCUUGCUUUUCCAAAUGUUUCAAGCACUUACAAUAUUUUCUGUAUAAAUAAAAUGUUUUAGAUUAA